AUGGCAUUACCUGUUGGGGACGAGGUGGGCUGGACACCCAGGAGUGAGUCGCACCUUAGCGCUAAUCGAGGACCGUCGAGACUAAGAAGAGUUAGUAGAGAUGAUUUUCAGUCAAGUCAAAGAUGCAAGUUUUCUACAAAGCUCGUGCACCAGGAAAUUUCCUUGAAGGUCCACCAGCUUUGCCUAGUUCACCUUAGCUCAGUGAGAGAUAGAGCUAUAUAUUUUCACCUCUUUUCCAAGUUUCCUAUAAGUUCUUCCUCCCAAUCCUGUUGUCUGAAGAAAUUCAAGCCUAUAGUUAUGGAUCAUUGUUCCAUAUUCUCUACUUCAUCAAAACUUUCCUUUCAUGUUUCAUUGCUGUUUUUUCUCUCCUCUUUCUUCUACCUGAAUAUUGUAUCUGGCACCGCAACUCAACUUAGUUAUGGUCAUCACUGUGAUUCAGUUGUUCAUGAAUCAAAACCAGCUGAUGAGGAGUUCAGUAUCUUCCCAUUUCCUGGACGUCAAAAUGGUUACUACUAUGGUGGGGAUAAAGUCUUGAAUCGUAGCUCAUAUCAGUAUUAUUCAUCUGAAUCGAAAGCUCUAGUUUUCGAAACUCAUCAUGUAUAUGCAACUGAUGAUGAGGAUGUCUUCAAGGUGGCAGGAAACCUAAUCUUUCAAAGCUUCUAUAACUACGAACAGAGUUUCUCCUCUGGUUUGUCAUUCUAUUCAUAUUCAAGUGAUUCAAGUAAUGGCGGAGUUCUCGACUUUGAUUUUCAUGGCUUCUGGUCUAGAACUACCGGGAAGCUAUGCAUGGUGGGAUCAAGCUAUACAUACUCCAAAGAAGGUAAGCUGAUUCAUCUUGCUGCUGUUCUCAAGUUCAACAAUAUUAAGAGUUCAAGUACUAUUAAUAGUUUAGUCACUGGAACCAUGGAUAGCUUGUAUCCUGCUGCUGAACCAAAUUACUUUGAGCAAAUUUCCCUGCUGAUGUUUCCUGAAGUAAAUUACAAGUACACCAAGGUUUCAAAACAAUUUAGUCGAGGGUGCCCUGGGGGAACUGAUAUUCCUGUGGUGUCAUCCCUCAGCUUAUGGCGGAGUCGAACUAUUUAUAAUAUGGUUUUAGGUCGAGGCAAUGUUUUUGAACUAGAGUAUGCAAGUGGUUGUGAUUCUUCAAAGAGUUGCAAUCCAUUUGGUGACGGUAUUGGAUAUUUGCCGCGGGUCAUAUCUUUGCGUAUGAUUCAGUGCUCCGACGAUAAGCUAAGCUUGAGGCUUCUGAUAGAAUUUCCUAACAAUAGUCAUAUGGGGUAUUAUAGCUGUUUCAAUUUCAGCACAUCAUUAGUUGGGAAAGGAUCUUGGGAUGCAAAGAAGAAUCGGCUUUGUAUUGUUGCUUGCCGAAUCUAUGAUGCAUCAAGCUCCUUGCAGAAGUCUCAUGUUGGAGAUUGCACAACAAGGUUGAGCUUGAGAUUUCCAGCAAUCUUGUCUAUCAGAAACACGAAUACUGUUUUAGGUGAAAUUUGGAGUGAAAAGCCGAGGAAUGAAUCUGGUUUCUUUGAUAGGUUCGUGUUCCGAAAUACUUACCAUAGUAGGGGAGGAAUUCAGCUUCAAGGUUUGAAGUAUGAGUACAUGGCAAUGGACAAAGUAAAGAAGUCAUGCCUAAAGAAGAAUCCUACUAGGAAGAGCAGCCUGGGGAAAUACCCAGAUGGCUAUUCUGGAGAUAUGGGUUUUCAUAUCUCAAUCAAAAAUUCCGAAGGACAAACAGGAUGCGGUUAUUCAAAUCCUCUUGCAGUGGGUGAUCAGCCUUAUCAGAGAUUUCCAUUUCUAAUACCAUCCUCAAGCUCAAGGCCUGUAAAUCCUAGUGUUAAAUCAGAUACCAUCGUAGCUUGCUUAAUAUCAGCUACAAAAUGA